AUGGGAAUGAAUUCUGCAUACUUUGGAUUCUUGGAGUUGUGUCAGCCAAAGAAAGGCGAGACAGUUGUAGUCAAUGCAGCUGCUGGAGCAGUUGGCAGCCUGGUGGGACAGAUUGCCAAAAUCAAAGGUAUUCCUUGUCUUAUGGCAGCUUUCCUAACUAUAGUUUCUGCAUUUUGUCAAGGGGGGUCAGGCAAGAAUCCCAGAGAACAUUACAAUGAAGAUGGUGAGAUGUACUUGGUUUCUAAGGCAGCUGUUGAAUUUCUUGUUGCUGAAUGUCGUGUGAUCGGGUAUGCUGGGAGCGAUGAUAAGGUGGAGUGGCUGAAGGAACUGGGGUUUGACCAUGCAUAUAAUUACAAGACUGUCGAUUUGGCUACAUCACUCAAGGAGGCUGCCCCAAGUGGUGUUGAUUGUUUCUUUGACUGUGUUGGAGGGGAGAUGACUGCUGUGAUAAUGCAACACAUGAAUACCUUUGGUCGUAUGGCCAUCUGUGGAAAUAUCAGCGGUUAUAAUUAUGAUACUGCAAAUAUGCCUAAAGUGCCUCAGUGGACUCCAGUUGUGCUGUUUAAGCAACUUCGCAUCGAAGGCUUCAUGGUUUUGCGUUGGAUGGAUCGAUGGAAUGAAGGAGUGCAACAGAUGGCAGAAUGGGUCAAGGAGGGACGAUUGAAGUAUCGUGAGACGGUGACAGCAGGAUUUGAGAAAACCCCUGAGGCUUUCAUAGACAUGCUUAAGGGGGGAAACACUGGGAAAGCUGUUGUGAAGGUGAAUUUGCAGGGAUGUGAUUAG